AUCAAAUAUAGGGCAGUGCCGCUGCCGCCUCUGCAGAGCUAGGCACUGACUGAGACCUCGAGUUCCUCCUGGCUUAGAGGCGCUCCCCUCUUGUGUGAACUUGAGCUAGAUCUCCGCACCAGCCCGAGCCUCUGAUCGCGCUGAGUACCUGGAGCAAAAGGAGCCACCUUCCUCCCCAAUCCACCAUGAGAGCCCUGCUUGCUUCGCUGCUUCUGUGUGUCCUGGUCUUGGGCUGCAGAGGUUGGAGACGGGAUCAUGCAUCUGACACAGGGAACUGUGGCUGCUUAAAUAAUGGUGUGUGCAUAUCCUACAAGUACUUCUCCAAGAUUCAUCGCUGUUCCUGCCCAGAGAAUUUCAUCGGGGAGCACUGUGAGAUAGACAUUUCAGAAAAAUGCUACAAAGAUAAUGGUCAUUCAUACCGAGGAAUGGCCAACCAGGAUUUCAUGGGCAGGAUGUGUUUGAAAUGGAACGCAGAUGUCUUGGCCUCAAAAACAUACCAUGCCAAUCGGCCGGAUGCAGUAAAGCUGGGUUUGGGGAAGCAUAAUUAUUGCAGAAACCCAGACAAUGGGAAGAAGCCAUGGUGUUUUGUCCAAAUUGGCCGGAUGCAGUUUAAGCGGGAGUGCAAGGUGCAACAGUGUUCCAUUGAAAAAGGAGGAUUCCAGUGUGGAUAUAAAUCAAUGACACCCCGAUUCAAGAUUGUUGGCGGAAACACAACACCCAUUGAGAACCAACCUUGGUUUGCGGCCAUCUACAGGAACCAUCUAGGAGGCAGCUCUUCCUUUACUUGUGGGGGUACCCUCAUCAGUUCCUGCUGGGUGGUCAGCGCUGCACACUGCUUUCCUAAAAUUAAAAGAGGGGAGAACUAUGUUCUCUACUUGGGCCAGUCAAUGCGUAAGUCACAGACCGGUGGAGACUCUCAGUUUGAAGUUGAACAAAUAAUUUUACAUGAGAACUUUAGCACUGGAGCCAUCGCUUACCACAAUGAUAUUGCCCUAUUAAAGAUUCGUUCCAAAACUGGUCAAUGUGCAGAACCCUCCAGAGUUGUGCAAACCAUAUGCCUCCCCAAAGCAUAUGAAGAUGUCCCCUAUGGCAGUGACUGUGAGGUCACUGGCUUUGGUUUGGAGAAUCAAAAUGACUACCUCUAUCCAGAGUACCUCAAAAUGGCGGUUGUGAACCCAAUUUCACAUAAGCAAUGCGCACGACCUGACUACUAUGGUACUGAAGUCACCCCCAAAAUGCUGUGUGCUGCCCAUCCUGAAUGGAAGUCAGAUGCCUGCCAGGGAGACUCUGGUGGGCCUCUGGUCUGCCCCAUUGAUGACCGUAUGGUGCUAGUUGGUGUUGUGAGCUGGGGCAUUGACUGUGCUGCAGAGAACAAGCCUGGCGUCUAUACUCGUGUCUCUCACUUCCUACCCUGGAUCCAGGCUCACACAGGGCUAACUGGCCCCAUCUGAGGAGACCUACGAAGGAGAGGGCCAUACUGCCCCCUCGUUCCCCAAUGCCAUCAUUUCUGCCAUGGAGUCAUCUCUACGAGGCAUAAGGAUCUUGAGAAGACGUUCUCUAGAGAGAUGUUGUCUACAUGGGGACUUCCCACCAGGGAAACAGAAAACAGAUUUAAACUUCAUAUUGGAGCAUGGGCACUGGCUAUUUUGAACUUCUUGGCCAAGAUGGGUGGAUGGGGCUGGUGGUGACCAGAGUCAAGAGGCAGAUGUUUUAGAGCUCUUGGGCUCCUAGAACAUCUGGUUACUUACUAAUGGUGAAUUCCAAACCGGAUCUGGAGAGGAAGAAGACAACUCCCCAGAACAAUCCGCCUUCACCAUGGACCCUAGACUAGAUAUUUACAAAUAUGCAAUCAUGAAUUGAACUCUGAGAUCAGGGUCCUUGGAGCUCAUGGGACUAUGGCCAAUGUGGAAACAUCCAUCAGGGGUGGGGACACUAGAGAGGUAAUGGGAGGGCUCCAUGUAGCCCCGGGGGACUAGUCAGGAGGUAAAAUGUUUGCGUCUCUGUGCACAUGGCUUUGAAUGGGACCAUCUGUGUGAGCACUAGAAUGUGCUUUGGUCUUGGGAUGUGAUUAUACAUUUGAGUGCCUCCCUUGGCGGUGUAGACAGCAGUCUUGGUCUUGUCCCUUCUCUCCUGAGGUACCCUCCUCAAUUCUACUAUGAGUGAGGUCAGGACAACUCUGACAGACAUGGAAUGUCUAGGUUUCUCCCAAAUCCUUAUUCCUCUUCAGUAAUUACCCUCCCUGCUUAUCCCAAUCUUACUUUGUGACAUGAGGGCCGGCCCCUUGGACUGGAUAUUUAAUAAUUAUUUUUGUUAUUUAUUUUUAUUUUUAUAGUAUCACAUGGAUGUCAAUAAAAAUAUUUCUUUCUUCUGAAAA